AAAAAACAAGGAUUUUGUAGUUCCGGGUGGUAAAAGUACUGUCAGCACACAUCUCGUUGCAGACCAGUGUGACAGUACCAUCUCAAAACAGCAAUUGUCUGGUACAUUUGGGACACGAAAGCUGACUGCAGGGCGAUCUGGUUAUGUGAAUAGUCGAAAUGGUAAGUACGUUGCUGGUGAAGCGAAUGACGAAAAGGUCUCAUCGGUAAAUAAACGUGAUGAAGAAUUUAGUGUCUCGAGCUUUGGAGCCUUCGAUGAGAAAUGUGAUGAAAAUGCCAAAAAGAAGAGUAAGACGUCCGCCUCUACAGAAAAUUUGUAUAAAGACCAGGAAAAACGAACAACUUCAAAGCUAAAGAAACUGAAGUCAUCAUCACAGUUAACCAAAGAAUCUAAAGAACCUAAACAAGAUCGCAAAAGGUCAGAGGAUUCAAAGAGCGCAACGAAUAGUGGAUCGAAAUCAAAGAUUACAACAUUGUAUGUGAAACUAGCAGAAACCAUUAAGGAGAAAGACAUGAACAUGCUUGGCUACAUUAAACAGCGUCUACAACACCGGAUGGAAUUUACUUAUACAGGCCAAACUGUCGAUACACAAACAGGAAACACUAUCGUCAAUCUACAGUGCCCAAGUCGACGCGCUGCUCAACGCCUUGAAGCCGAGCUUAAGAAAAGUAACGGGAAAUGUGACACAAAAGUUUGUUGUUUAUAUUCAUUUAAAGACGCUUGCCAGACUACUUUGUCAACAGCAAAAGAAAACGAAGCUAUUCUCAAUAGAUAUGUACUUGAAAUGACAAGAAAGGCAUCUUUGUCUUUAUCAAAGCAUACAGCAAAGAUGGAAGAUGUGUCAGAAAAGCUGAAAAAAUUCAAGAAGUCAAAAGAUAAAUUUCUGUCAUUAGAUGAAUACUUCGUGGUGGAUCUAGAACGACGAGCAUUGAAAGAUAAGUUAGAAGAAAUGGAUCUUCAAAAAACAGAAUUUCAAAACUUUAUCGUGUCGGCUCACCAAAAAUUUCUUGAUCUGAAAGACUCCCCCGUAUUUGAAAAACCCGCAAUUGAAAUUGUGAAGGCAUUCGGCGUGGAAUAUAACAGACUUGAUAAAGCCUUACCGAUGUACGCCAGAAGGUCGGAUAUCCUUGAUAUUGUGAAGAACAAUCAGGUGUCGGUGAUCAUUGGGGACACUGGAUCAGGAAAAGAGCACACAGAUGGCCCAGUAUCUCUAUCAAAGCGGCCAUGCCAACAAAGGGAUGAUCGCCUGUACUCAACCGCGUAAAAUCGCCGCCAUCAGUGUUGCUUCAUACGUGGCUCGUGAAAUGGCUUCAACUGUCGGACAAAUUAUUGGAUACAAGGUUGGAAUGCAAGAGAGAAAGACGGCACUUACAAAGGUAUUAUUUAUGACGGAUCAUGUUCUAUUACAGGAAUGUUUGAAGGACAAGAAGCUUUCUUCAUUUUCUUGUAUCAUCAUUGAUGAAGCACACGAGCGAAGUAUAUACACUGAUCUGCUACUCGGUAUGAUCAAAAGCUGCCUUGACGUGCGUACCGACCUUCGUGUUGUGGUCACAUCCGCUACAAUUGACCCUGAGGUCUUUAUUCAGUACUUCGGCCACUGCCCAGUACUAUCUGUGUCGGGAAGGAUGUUUCCAGUAGAGGUAAUCUGGAAAGAUAUUGGUUCUGGUAAAGAAUCGUUUUCAAAUCACAUUGAAGAAUGUGUCAAGAAAGCAAUAGAUGUUCACUACCAACAACCUCAAGGAGAUAUCCUCGUAUUUGUUACUUCGCCUCAAGAGUCAGAAACAUGUUGCAAAAAAUUCAGGGAUUACACCGCAAGUAGAACUCAGGAUUUUGUUUGUUUACAGCUACACGGAAAACUGCAGGCCGACGAGCAAAGGAAGGUGUUUGACUCACUUUCAGGAGGUAAGCGCAAAAUCGUGUUUGCUACAAACAGUGCCGAGACUUCGGUUACCAUUCCUGGGGUAAGGUAUGUUAUUGACACAGGCUUGGUGAAAGAAAUGAAGUAUGAUGCAAAGCGUAAACUUAACACGUUAAACGUCACAACGGUAACGAAAAGCUCAGCCAAUCAGCGAAAAGGUCGCGCAGGAAGAACAGGACCAGGAACUUGUUACAGACUGUACACAGAAGAGGAAUAUGACAAAAUGGAAACCAACAUGGUUCCAGAGAUUCUACGAGUGAAUCUUGGCCAGGCAAUGUUGAAGCUUAUGGAACUUAACAUUGAUCCUCUGGAGUUUGAUUUUGUAAUGGCACCAUCUACCGAGUCAAUGGAGAGUGCAGUGGAGACUUUGGAGAAUCUUGGUGCGGUUUCAGAGGGAAAAAUCACAGAUCUCGGAAAAUGGAUUUCAAAGCUUCCCCUGGAUCCAAAACUAGGCAUAUUUAUUCAUGACUCAUUGGAAAUCGGAGCUGGUCUUGAAGGAAUGGUAAUUGCAGCAGCUUGCAGUGGAUCAUCAAUAUUUUUCCGAGCUGGUACCCAGGAGGAAAAAGAACUUUCUGAUCUAAGAAAGAUUCCAUUUUGUCAUACUGGUGGAGAUAUGUUGACAAAUUUGAAUGUCUUCAGGGAGUGGACCAAACAGCCGGAGAAAGCCAAAGGAAAAUGGUGUUUCCGAAAUUCAGUCAACGGCAAAGCAAUUAAAGGAAUGCGAGAUACCGUGAAUGAAAUCCUCACUACUCUUAAAAAAGAAAUGAAAGUGAACGUUCCAUUCAAGUUUGCCGAUCCAGAGAGGGUCGACUCUUUGCUGAUCCAACCUCUCUUGAAGGUGUUCCGAGAGAAUAUCAGUCACUACCUCGGUCAUCCUAAAGCAGGCUACGUACUGAUCACGAAAGACCAGCGAGUUGAAGUCCAUCCAUCAUCAGUUCUGAUAUCAUUAGGAAGUCAGCCAGAAUGGGUUGUCUUUGAUCAAGUGACGAGGACUUCAAGGGACUUCGCGAUGACUAUUACACCGAUCAGUGAGGAAAUGUUGAAAACAGGAAUAGCCAAAGGAUUUCUUAAUGUGGACCUUGAGGAAGCAAGAGAAAAACGAAUCAUACCUGUCCAUAGAGAAUAUGUUGGAUCAGAAGUGCUCCGGGAAUUCGUUGGACCAAGGUAUACAUACCUCCGAAUGUUUGAAGAUGAAUUAGUACAAAAAUGUAACGGAUCUCUUGUUGUUGUAGAGGCAGACCGUGAUCAAGGCGAGCUGAAGAUAUUCUCAAAAUCGGCUAAUAAAGACAUUCUGGAAGGUUCGUUAGAAAACGUGCUCAAGACUAUCAAAGACGAAUUCCUUGCAGAGGAGAGAGAAGAGAGCCUUGGUGUAAAGUCUGCUGGUCGAUCCGUAAGGGCAGUGCUGGAGGCUGGAGGAUGUACGAAGACUUUGUUUAUGCCGGACGAGUUCAAAGUUAUAAUGAUUCACUGUGCCGUUAACAAAAAACAAGAAUUGGAAUACGAUGACGUAUUUCAGCACUUCAGCAAAUUCGGAAAAAUUAAGGAGUGCAAAAUGUAUCACCACAAGAAGAAGGCACCGUCCCUAUGGGGUCAGGUGACAUACAACAAAACUGAAGAUGCCGUUAAAGCUGUCACAGAAACGCGAGGGAACCCAGAUCUUUCUGCUCGACCAAACAUACGGAUGUCAAGUGACAAGUCCGAGAAAAUCAAAGUCCGGAUGCAGUGGUGUCGCAGACCUUCUCGGGGAUUUGGUUUCGUUACGUUUGCUUCUUUUUUAGAUGCCGACAAUGCCAUUCGUAAACAUGAAAUUCUAAUAGGAGAUUCGAUAGCAAGAAUCAGACGUCCACAUUCCAAAGCAAACCAAUCAGAUGAUUCCAGGGUGUUUGUGGCUGGGCUUAGCAAAAUGGUUGAUGAAGAUGUUUUGAGGGAAAGUCUAGCUACUAGCUGUGAACUUGAUCCCGAUAAUGAUAUUACAGACGUGGCGGUUAUUAGAGAAAAGGUUCAACAAGAAAGCAAAGAAAUGCUUAACACUUUUAAAAGACGAUUAUGUGCUGAAAUUGAAAGGUAUGUCGAGGGUGGAACAUACGAACUGGAGUUUAAGCCAGUCAGAGAGACAGACAUCAACUUUACUGCAUUUGUUACGUUUGAUAACCCUGAAGAUGGAGAAGGAGUAUGCAGCGAAAUAGAUCAUUCGUUUGUCUUGAAUAAUCAGAUUGUUUCUGCCAAACCAGUUUUACAUUGUUCCCUGUACAUUCUAAAAGGAAUUUAUGAAAAGAGUGCCGAAGAACUCAGAAAAUGCUUCAACGACUUUGAAGAAGAUGGAAUUCGGGUGAAGAUAAAAACACUUCGAAACGAAAACAUAGUCGUUGAUAUUAACACAGACGACGUGGAAACACUUGUGAGGGUCAGGAAGUCUUUCCAAGAUAUAAUCAAAGGUGAAAUAAUUGAAUGUGCAGAGUCAACAUCAUUGAGGUCGUUAUUCACGUGGGAAGGCCGAAACAAGUUGAAGCAGAUAAUGCAUCAAACAGAAACUCUCAUUCUUACAGACAAUAGGGUGAUGUCUGUCUCCAUCCAUGGUCUGCAACAAAAUCGACAGAGGGCGAAACAGAAAAUCGAUGAGUUUCUGGUGAGGCUUUCAACAGGAAGUUCAGAAGUGAUCGACUUAAAAGGCGACGGAAGACCACCUGGGGUGUUGAAGGAAAUUUUGGUGGAAUACGGCAUUGACCUGUCUAGAUUGUGUCAGGAGACAGGCUUAGUGGCUGUUCGUGUGGAUCUAAGAAAUCACAGAUUGACAUUGAUCGGAGAGGAUGAUGCUCUGACCAAGACGAAAACACUGAUUACAGGCAUAAUUGCAAAAUUGUCCCCAGAUGGACUGAAAAAAGAUGACGAACCAGAAUGUGUCACGUGUUAUUGCCCUAUCCAACAAAAGGAUUUAUAUCGUGUGGAAUGCUGUGGCCAUCCUUAUUGUAAGGAUUGCCUUCAGGUACAGGUCAAAAUGUCCAUUACCAAUCGAAACUUUCCGUUGAAGUGUGAAGGGGAAAACUGUACCACACCGUUUACCUGGCAUGACAUCUGUAACCUGUCCAAAAUGGGUUUCGUCAAAAUUACUGAAUUAACCGAUUCAUCAGUUAGUAGGUUUAUUCAAGGAAAUAAGAAAGACUUCCGCUUUUGUGUAACACCUGACUGCCCUGUUGUAUAUAGAGUAACGGAGACUGGGAGAUCAUUCAUCUGUCCAGAAUGUGACAUCAAGAUCUGCACAAGCUGCCAUGUACAGUUCCAUGAUGGUAUCACAUGUACCAUGUUCAAAGUAGAAAAAGACGAAGACCCGACCAUGAGAAGAUGGAUCGCUAAGAACAAAGCCAACCGAAAAAGAUGUCCGAACUGUGCCAUGCCUAUAGAAAAGAACGGUGGAUGUAACCAUGUGGCAUGUUUGUCAUGUAGAAAACAUAUUUGUUGGUUGUGUCUGGAAUUUUUCGAUGGGAGUAGCACAUGUUAUGGACAUCUUGAUAAAACCCAUGGUAGUUUUGUUUGAGAAAGUAACGUUAUUGGCGUGGAUGCGUUAAGAUACGAAACAGUAAGGUUAGAUUAACCUCUUAUGUAUAAGAUGCUGCAAUGAAUCAACAUAUCAACAACACGUGUGCUGCGUAGCUAAACAUUUUCAACAUUCUGGAAAUUAAUGUUUAACGUUAAUGUAAGACAGCUUUUAAUACUAACAUAGCCGUCGGGUAUUCUAUUACCGACAAUAUAUCAUUACUCGGUAAUACCUUACACCAAUAAUGUGUUAAAACUACCUUUGUGUAAUACUAUACACCAUUAGUGUGUUAAAACUACCAUUGUAUAAUUUCUGUGGUAUAGAAAAUACGAUGCAGAUGCCUGGUAUUAUGUAUACAGGUAUAUGUGGAGAAAAGAGGCUUAGGAAAAAAUUUAUACAUUUCAAUGAGGAUGAAUAACUCAUUAUACACGUGCCUUGAUCAUAAAUACGUCACUAUACACGUACUUUGAAGAUGAAUAAGUCAUUAUACACCUGUGUUAAAACUACCAUUGUAUAAUACCUAACACCAGUAAUGUGUUAUAACUAAUAUUGUUUAAUACUUUACAUCAGUAAUGUGUUAUAACUAAUAUUGUUUAAUACUUUACACCAGUAAUGUGUUAAAACUAAUAUUGUUUAAUACUUUACACCAGUAAUGUGUUAAAACUAAUAUUGUUUAAUACUUUACACCGGUAAUGUGUUAAAACUAAUAUUGUAUAAUACUUUACACCAGUAAUGUGUUAAAACUUCCAUUGUAUAAUACUUUACACCAGUAAUGUGUUAAAACUUCCAUUGUAUAAUACUUUACACCAUUAAUGUGUUAAAACUUCCAUUGUAUAAUACUUUACACCAUUAAUGUGUUAAAACUUCCAUUGUAUAAUACUUUACACCAGUAAUGUGUUAAAACUACUAUUGUAUAAUACUUUACACCAGUAAUGUGUUAAAACUUCCAUUGUAUAAUACUUUACACCAGUAAUGUGUUAUAACUACUAUUGUAUAAUACUUUACACCAGUAAUGUGUUAUAACUACUAUUGUAUAAUACUUUACACCAGUAAUGUGUUAAAACUACUAUUGUAUAAUACUUUACAACAGUAAUGUGUUAAAACUACUAUUGUAUAAUACUUUACACCAGUAAUGUGUUUAAACUUCCAUUGUAUAAUACUUUACAACAGUAAUGUGUUAAAACUACUAUUGUAUAAUACUUUACACCAGUAAUGUGUUAAAACUACUAUUGUAUAAUACUUUACACCAGUAAUGUGUUAAAACUAAUAUUGUUUAAUACUUUACACCAGUAAUGUGUUAAAACUUCCAUUGUAUAAUACUUUACAACAGUAAUGUGUUAAAACUUCCAUUGUAUAAUACUUUACACCAGUAAUGUGUUAAAACUUCCAUUGUAUAAUACUUUACAACAGUAAUGUGUUAAAACUACUAUUGUAUAAUACUUUACACCAGUAAUGUGUUAAAACUACUAUU